AUGAAGCUCCGCCGAUCAAAACGGGUCGGGCGCCCUCGUCUUGACGGCAGUGGCGAAGCCAUCCUCUCCGAAGAACGUCGCAGUCAGGUCCGUCGUGCCCAACGCACGUAUAGACAGAAGAAGCAGGUUGUUUUCCGAGAUGCGACCGCCAGAGCCGAACAGCUCGAUGCUAGACUGCGCCUUGCCGUGAAAGAGGUCACUGCGUUGUCCGAGGUGGUCGGAGAGGCGCAGCUGCAUAUAUCACAUCCUGAUCUCUAUGAGCGCCUGAAGUGUCUGAAUGAAAUUGUGGCUGGUGGUGAUAAUCCGAUUCACGCGGACUCGCCAGAUCAAUCAAAUCCGGUUGGGUCCGAAAGCCAGGUGCAAGGACUCAAUGCACAAGAUCACUAUUUCAGUCAAUGGAUACUUCCCCCUCCCCUACCUAGCAAGAACUACACGUAUGCAUUUCGAGAAGUUCGGUUUGCCCGUCGAUUACAAAGAUACAGUCUUGAGUACGCGUAUCGUCUAUUCACGGAGGCCCGGACAGAUCCGCGCGAGAUCUACCGUGUGUUCCGGUUAGUCCCCUGCGUGCAAGAUCAGACUAAAACCCAGCCACGUUUCCUGCAGCUGUUGAAAGGUGGAUGUAUGGAUUCUCUUGAGAUUCCAAGUCUGCCAUUUUAUAAUAUUGGCGGCGCGGGCGCGCAUUUUCCGGACCUCGACAAGAACGGGAACGCAAUGUACCCGCCGAAGUGUCGAACUCCACGGCGGGUUUUAGGUAUAUUUCCGCAGUCUAAUCUCACAUCAACAGGAGCGGAUGAGGCUUUGGAGACUCAUGGGCUUGGAGGGGACUGGUUUGAUAGCCGUGAUGUCGAGGGCUAUCUGAGACGUCAUGGCGUGGACGUAGACAGUGGCUUGUUUCCUAUGGUAUACCUUUCUGAUAUAGCAAAAAGAAGUACCAAUGGCCAGCCGUAUAUCUUGGAUAUUGAAGGAUUCUUUGCUCGUGAGUGCUCAAUCAUUCGCGAUGGUUCACAUGCUUAUGGGUCUAGGUCUCCUCGCUGGACUCACUAUACUCGGUCGCGCCCCGGGGUUCAGAAAGGCGGAAGUUAG